CUAGGCUUUAUUGUUUACGUCUGAAGCUUCUAGUGAUAUCAUUGAGUCAUAUCCUGUAGGUUCCUUGCCUCUUCUUACUCCUGCCCUUGUUCAAGACUCUCAGUGACACGCUGGCUCGAUACUAAGACACACGGUGACAGCACUCAAGCACUUCAUCUAUUCCUUAUCGUGAACUCGAAGUUAGUGUUGUCUUACCUCUGCUUAAAGUUAAACGCAUCGGCUAAUUAAUGUGUAUUCAUUGAGAGGACUCGAGUUUGUAAAGAAUCGCCAUGGGAUCUGUACGGUCAAGUGUUUUCAUCUUGAGUUUGGCGUUGUGUGGGGUAUUGUGGACUUCCAAACCUGUGAGUUGUUUACCCUUACAGACUGAUCACAACAUCACUACUUCCCUGCCAGGCUUUCCUCCAGGCAAUAUUCCCACUACCAUUACUGUCUUGCCAGGCUCUGCCCCAGGGAAUGAUCAAAACAUUACUACUUCCCUGCCAAUCUCUGCAUCAAAGGAUGAGACUGACUAUUCUGACAACUCCGUCUCCGGUCUGGUACUGAACACUCAGGACGUGAUGCAGAAAGUGAGGAAUAAGGAAGAAUGUACAGUCCUCAACACUACGGAAAAUAUGUUUGGUCUACAGACAGUCAAGGAAUUUAAUGAAAAAUCUCUCACCUUCUUCAUCCGCCCCAAGUCAUCUUUCAAAAAGCUGGUGUUCAGAAUAAAACUGGGAACUGUACUAAAAUUCUUCGACACAGAGGAGGCAAUAGACAUUCACAAUUCUGACCUGGUACACUCCAUAUCGGAGCCAUGGACUAGCAUUGACGUGAAGUAUUACAUGAAAUCGUCCAUCGGGCUCAAGUACCAUGCUCUGAAUGUAACUGUCGGCAAUACAACACUCUCCCUUGUGUCGCACUACAACUGGUUCAUAUACAACUACAAAGGUUUCGUCAUUUCUGCAGAAGGAGGAGCUCAUGUUCUUUUCAAUUGCCUACCGAUAGAUCUUCAGGAACUUACCCAACAAGCUUCGUCAUAUAACGGAGUGUGGCUAAUGGCUGGGCUCUUUAUAACAGCCGCGAUCCUGCUGGUGGCACUCUUCUUCGUUUGGCUGUCCCUCCGGUGCCGCAAGAGGAGCCACAAGGCACAAGCUCCCUUGUCAUCCCUGGUUUAUGAAGAAUUUGAUGAGGAAGUUCUGGAGAAAAUUCGCCAAAAAGUCGAGACUCUGCGAAGUGGUAAAUCUCAGAGCGACCUGAGGUACACGGGAGUCGUGUCUUAUGAGGCAAGUAGGGAGAACCCUUACGUGAUGAGCACAACCCUGCUGCAGGAUAGUGAAAAGCAGAAGGAAGUGAGCGAGGAGGAGGAGAGACAUGUGUAUCAAAACGUGUUCGCUGGGAGACCCAUUCCUGCCCCUAGGUUCAUCAAGGAGACGCCUAGGGUCGAGCCGCAGUACCAUAACAUGCUCUCAAUCUCCAGCAUCUGCAGAGAAGCAGAUGAUGAGUGUCCUUCUGUAGAUGAGUCGCCUGGUGAAUCAGAGGGGAUUUACCAGAAUCCAACAUCCAUCCUAAUCUGUCGAGCUGAGGAAGUCGACAUGCGCCACACCGAGAAAGUAACCACUGACGCAGCAAGAGAGGAGAGAUGACUCACUCAAGAGGAAUAAUCAAAAGCCUCAGCUACCCCUAUCUCUAUCUCAAUCUAUCUUUCUGCCUUUUUCUCUCACAUUCUAUCCCUAUCUUAACAUAUAACUUCGCUUCCGUCUUCUCGUUGCAGCAUCUUCCAAUGAAGACUACAAAAAAAAAAAAAAAAGUGGAAAGAUUUGCUAAGAUGGUUUCUGAAUACCUCCUUGUUAAUCCCUAGAGCGGGUAUUCACAGUCAGCUCAUCAGCAGUAUUGCCUCUGUUGACCCACAACAGAGAAUCUCUUCUGUUGAGUUUACAUUCCUGUCGCACAGAGACGUCAGCUCAAACAUGAGAUCCGAGGCUCCUCCAUUCGUACAGUUUAUCUUAUUUCUGGUUUAGAAAGACACGUGAGCAAACACUACGACAUAUUUAUUAGAAAACGUUUCGGUUCUGUGACCUUGACCAAGUGAUCGACGUCCCAGAACCGAAACGUUUUCUAAUAAAUAUGUCGUAGUGUUUGCUCACGUGUCCUUCUGAAGAAAUUUAUCAGUAUUUAUUACCAAGAUUUAUACCAGUCUUAUCUCUAAAUGAACUUUGUUGUGUUUCUUCAGAAUAUAUAUUUUUAUUACUGAUCAUUCCAUUAUCAGCUUAUGAGUGAAUAAUAAUACUUUCACAU